AUGCUGGCCCCAAAGACCUCGUCUCCUUGUCAUAGCAAAUUCGAGUUUGAAUACUCUAUCUUGUUUGCAAAUUUCGAGGAAAGGGCAGCAUCGAAAGGCUUGUGUCGGCCGUUAUGGCUUUCCCUUAUGACAGCUACGACGAUAGCUGUUGAUUCUGAAAGAUCGAUGACAGCACUGUAUAACCAUGUGACGUAUUCAAUGAAGGAGGAAGGUUGCAUCUUAAUCGCUGAAUUCAUGCGAGAGAUCGGGUUGCGAGGCAUUGCAGUGAUUGGUGUUUCAAGAGUCAUCAAUAUCCUUGUCGCAUUCUAUGAAUCACUCCAUCCAAAGGUGAAAUCGGCACUUAACACAAGAUGUUCAUACAGUUCUGUGACUGAUGACGUCUCGACGAUUGGAAAGAAGGGUCAAUCGUUAUGGAACCGCAUUCACUAUCCGAUGGAAAAGGAGAUGGAGCGAAAGCUUGCGACAGCUCAUCCCGAUCUUGCACAUUUCAACAUCCUUCAUGUAUACGUCAACAUCCUUCAUGUAUACGGUGGCCUUCUGAUGAGAUCUGGAAGCUCAACCUCGAGAACAGUGGGAAGGAUAACAAUGAGUCUCUCAGCAAUUGCAUGCUUACGAGCAGAUCAGGGGCGCAGUCUACAGCUCCUUGCACAUGUGUUGUCGUUGAAGAAGGCAUGCAGUGAUGGUUCAUGGAAGCUGGAACCAAACAUUGGAUCGGAGGAGGAAAUAAAAUGGUUAGCAAGUGAUGAAGGCUGCAUCUGGCUACUGGGCUUUGUAGAUGACCUGAAAAUGACCAUAAUUAAUGGUGAGGGUGGUAACUCUAGAAGGACUGUUGCGAAGUUGUAG